AAAUAGUCCAGAAAACUAAUCAGAAGGACACUGAAUUACCCUCACAGGCCCAAGAAAGCAGAAAUUUUUUUAAAUAUACUGAGAAGUACCACUGGAGUGAGGGGUCAAAAGGGAGAGGGUAGGAAAUCCUCCUCAGAAGCGACGUCAUUUGGGGAAGCAGCCUCAAGUCGCCUCCAGGUGGCGCUCUGACAGCUUCGGCUCCUGCCUCCCCGCUCCACACGAAUGAAACUUCCAAGUAGAAAUUGCUGCCUCAGUUUCCAGGGUUGUUUUUUUUUUUUUUUUUUUUUUCUAAAAAAACAGUUGUUGUGGUUCACAAAAGGUCUUGGCCUCCACUGGCACAGAAAUUACUAGAAAAGAUAUCGCUGUUGACACCACAGAUGCCGGCCGGCUUUAGUCCCUUUCAUCAGGCGGCAGAGUUCCCCGGAACGAAAAUCUUGAGUCUCUUAGGAGAAGCAGGAAUGACUGAAUUGAGGACUGGAGUCGGGAAAGCUGAGGGGCGGGGAGAAGCGGGUCCAGAAAAGAAAAGCAGCGGAGCAGGAGCAGAGCCCUUGAAAAUCGCGGGGAAAUCCACGUGGGCUGGCAGGGGCGGGGCCUGGUGACGCGAGGUGACGCGAUGCGACUCGCCCCGCGGCAACCUUGCGAAAGAGAAUCCCGGGCAGGCUCUCUGCAAAGCGGGGUCGCCUGCAGGAUCCUGGUGACGAUGGCGCGGACCGCUGGCUUCAAGGCGGGUCCGGUCCUCCUGGAGCUGCUUCUUUGGUUGUGCCAGACGCUAGUCGACUCUUACUCUCUCAGCUAUAACUUCACCAUCAAUCCUAAGGCCGGACUAGGGCACCCAUGGUGUGAGGUCCAAGGACAGAUCCAUGGAAACAUGUUUCUUUAUUAUCAGUGCGGUAGCAGGAAAGCCAAGCUCUUUGGUCCUCUGAGGAUGAAGGUGAACAGCACCAAGACCUGGGAGAGACAAAUGGAAACUCUGAACUACCUGAUGGAGGAGCUGAAAAAGAAAUUGCUUGACGUUAAAGCAGGAAUUUUCACAAAGAAUGCCCCUCCCACCCUGCAGGGCAGGAUGAUGUGUCCCUGGAAAGAGGAUGGGCGCUCCGGUGGAUUCUGGUGGCUUAGCAUCAGUGGACAGAUCUGCCUCCUCUUUGAUGCGAAGAGUGGAAACUGGACCGUGCUUCGUUCUGAAGGCGGAGUGUUGAAAGAGACACUGGACAGUGACAGAGAGAUGACUGGCUUGCUCACCAGGAUUCCGAAUGGAGACUGUAAGAGCUGGCUCGGGCAAGUCUUGGAGAUCUGGAAGAGAACGCUGGAGAUGACAGCACCACCAAGCACGGGCCCAGGCACCCCCCGCUCCCCAGCCACAGCCCUUACCCCCAGCUCCUGGAUCCUUGGCAGCGUCCUGGCUUCUUCAGUCUCCCUUCGAAUUCUUGGGCAAGUCCUUUAGAGGAGCAGGUACCGAGGGCCGUGUUGAGAGGGAAGCUCGGGUCAGGGCGCCUCGUGUGACGGCGGGAAAGUGAAGGCCCCGCUGCCCCCUGAGCCAUCACCCGACCUUCUCAUCCCAGAAGUGAGACCAAGCAUCUAAGAUGGGGGUGGAGGCUCCUCCUGAGAACCGGAAUCAUGAGAACAUAGAGGGAUGAAGGUAGCUCUGGACAAGUACUGGGGGGGACUGGUUUCCAUGGUUACGGAGGCUGAGAUGUCACAAGCUGCUGGCCGCAAGCUGGCAGCCCGGGAAAGCCAGAGAUGUGUUUCCAGUCCAGACCCGAAGGCCUGGGCUCGAGGGGAGGCGAUGGUGUCUGUCCCGGACCAAACCUGAAGAGCUGAGAGUCAGCGUGCGGGGGUCGAGGCCUGGGCAGAGAGCGGGUAUGUGGAUGCGCUGCCCUCCACCCGCUCGCCCCUCCCCGCCCCUGCAGAGAAGCACAGCAGCCUGGCCCCAUCCACACAACGCGCCUUCUGUAACCACGGAGGCCAGCGAGCGGGGCUUGUGUCUGUGCAGAAACUCUGUGAGGAUCAAAUUAGAAAGAGAGAGCUCAGUAUACUCGGAAGCAAUAUACUAGCAUUAGUUCAGAUUGGAUGGUGGAUGUGUUGUAGUUAAUUGUGGUUGUUAAUGAUUUAUGAUAACCUAUUUAUCACAAGAUUCACUGACACCUCUCAGGGCCAUUUUCACCCCAGGUGAAAGGUUUUUCUCAGAACCAGUCUGACCUCGGCUUUCCCAGGCCAAACAAGUCCUUUUGCUGCUUCAAUAGCACUAAGGACGCUGCAGGUGUGUGGGGUUGGAUCCACUGUGGGCAGAGGAACCAGCGCCCCGCAAUGGCACACUCCACACACCUGCCCCAGGGUCAGGAAGCAGCCGCCUUCCUUCCCCACCUCCCAGGCCACUCAGAGAUCCCGCCCCCAUCACUCUGCAGUUCCUCGCAUGCAAGGAAGUAAGAUUGGCCCCGUUAUUUCCCCUAGGUUUCUUUUCUGAGAUGUUUCACCUCUGGUGUCUGCCACUCUGCUGUGGACCUGAACUAAACAGGGCCCUCCAUCUCAGCUCUGGAGGGCAGCAAAGCACUGCCAGAGAUGCUGGCUGUCCUCCCAUUAUCUGAUGGCCACUCUUUCUUGAUAAUACAACUCAGGUGUAGGGGCAGGACACUGGACUUGGCAUCAUUGCAAUGCCCCCACCCCAGCCAUUUUCCCUGCAGAUCAGUAUAGCUGUUGAACAAGGGUCUCAUCAAAGGCCUGACAAAGGAAUCACUGGGAGGAAGCUUCUUAAAGGACCUCUGGUGUAAGCCCUUUCCCCCUUCCUUACUCUCCUUCCAGAUCCUGAAAUAAAGACCUGACGGCAGAGUUCCCCCUGUGGCACAGUGGGUUAAGGGUCCAGCUGUGGUAUAGGUUGCAGAGGCAGCUCAGAUUCAAUCCCUGGGCUGGGAAUGUUCAUACACCAAGGGUGCAGCCGAAAAAGAAAAAAGAAAAAGAGAAAAUGUCUUGAGCUCACAAAACCACCAAAUUCUUCCAGGAGUUCCCAUCAUGGCACAGUGGAAGCGAAUCUGACUAGGAACCAUGAGGUUGCAGGUUUGCUCCCUGGCCUUGCUCAGUGGGUUAAGGAUCCAGUGUUACGUGAGCUGUGGUGUAGGUUGCAGAUGCAGCUCGGUCCAGAGUUGCUGUGGCUCUGGCGUAGGCCUCAGCUGCAGCUCCGAUUUGACCCCUCGCCUGGGAACCUCCAUGUGCCGCAGGUGUGGCAUGGGGAGCAGGUGUAGGGCGAGUGGCCUUGGCACAGACACAGGCUUGGACGUCAGAGCUCAGCCUUAGUCCUGUGGUCAAGGAGGCCCCCUGCAGGUGGCAGCCUAAGGGGUACAUUCUCAAGGUCAACCAGCAAAAGCCAGACAAAGCCCUCAACUUUAGAAUGCUUUUUUAAAUGUUUUUAUUUAAGUAUAACUGACAUACAACGUUGUGUUCAUAAUUUCUGUUGUACAGCAAAGUGAUUCCAAUAUAUGUACGUAUAUACAUAUGUUCUUUGACAUAUUCUUUUCCAUAUGGCUUUUCAUAGGGUAUUGAUUCUAGUUCCCUGUGCUAUACAGUAGGACUUGUUAUUUCUGAAUUCUAUGUCUAAUAACUUGCAUCUGCUAAUCCCAAGAGAAUGAUUUUUUUUUAAAUAUGUGUAUUCUGUGGAAGGAAAAAUAAUUUUCUCCCUACCCUUCCGAGUUCUUGAUUGUGAUAAAAGGCAAAUGAACAAAAGAAAAGGAAACAAAUUUACUGAUAUGUAUAUCUCAUAUAUACCUGAGAGAACCCAGAGGAAAGUGUGUAAACUCCCAAGUUAGCUUAGAAUUCAAACUGAAAUACCACCUUCAUCGGGAAAGCACAGGGAAUACGGCCAGCAUUUUAUAACAUCUAUAAAUGAAGUAAAACGUUUUAAAAUUAUCAAUCACUACCUUGUACAGCUGAAACUUAGUAUGUGCAUCGACUAUACCAACAUUUUUUACAUGUUUAAAUAAAUAAAUAAAAAUUAGUUUACAUCACACACACAAUACUGCCUGAGGAGAGAAAGGGGACAGAGAGGGCUGCAGGCUGAGGGGAGAUCAGUGAUUUGGGGACAACGAAUGGCCCCUGCAAGAGCAGCUGGGAGGUGAGGCAGCACGUGACAAAGCUGCUCUGGGUGUGGUGUCAGCUUCUAGUCUCCUCUCGGGUGAGGUGUCCGCCUUCCUCUGGUCCCACUUCACAGAUGAGGAAGUCAAGGUGCAAAGACUGGCUGCUCGAAGCCCGGGGACCCUGUGCUCUGUUCUCUCUGGACGCGUCUGGGGACACUGACUCCCUGGCUGCCGCGGGAUCCUUCACCAAAAGAGCCCUUGGGCCUGUGCGGUGGUUUGCGUCUCUCUUUGGAACUACAGCCUCCCAGGUCUCAACAACGGUGACCAGAGCCCCAUGAGCAGGCAGCCUGGUUGCUACUGGACUGUAGCUGGGCCUGUUCUGGUGGGGGCUCAUAUGCCUGGCAGCUUUUCUAACUUUGGAUGUGCAUGGAAUACAUUCCCAUGGAUUUGUGAAGAAAGCCAGGAAGGUGGCUUCUUGGAGCACCUGAACUGGAGAGUCUCUCCUAUUUUCUUUCUAAAGUCAUGUGGUAUCCGAUAGACAUCUCUCUUUUUUUUUUUUUUUUUUGGUCUUUGGUCUUUUCAGGCAGGGCUGCAUCUGCAGCAUAUGGAGGUUCCCAGGUUAGGGAUCGAAUCGGAGAUACAGCUGCCAGCCUAGGCCACAGCCACAGUAACGCCAGAUCCGAGCCGCAUCUGCAACCUACACCACAGCUCAUGGCAACACCAGAUCCUUAACCUGCUGAUCAAGGCCAGGGAUCGAACCCAAAACCUCAUGGUUCCUAGUUGGAUUUGUUUCCGCUGCGCCACAACAGGAACUCCCCAGUAGAUAUCUGAGCAGAAACCCAACCACACAUGAUACCAUACUUUUUGACUAUUGUCUGAGCUGACACAGCCUUGGUGAAGCUGAGGAGUUGGUAGCUAUUUGUUACACAGCAAUAGAAACAAAUGCAUAUACUUUUAGGCCAAGGAGAAAAGUAGAAAUGGAAUAAUUUCAUGCUUAAAAUAAUUUCCCGUGUACUAGCUUAGGCGCCGUACUUUUCAAAUUAUAUUUUUUUUCACUCCCUUCAUAUUUACAAUGGAAUACUACUCAGCCAUAAAAAGGAACAAAAUAAUGGCAUUUGCAGCAACAUGGCUGCAUCUAGAGAUUCUCUACCAUGUGAUAUCACUUAUAUGUGGAGUCUAGAACAUGGCACAAAGGAAUCUAUAUACAAAACAGAAACAGGAUCACAGACAUAGAGAAGAGAUUUGUGGUUGCCAAAGAGGAGAGAGAGAGAGUGGGAUAGACUGGGAGUUUGAGGUUAGUAGAUUCAAACUAUUAUAUUUAGAAUGAAUAAGCAACGGGAUCCUACUGUACAGCACAGAGAACUAUAUACAGUCUCUUGGGAAGGACCAUGAUGGAAUAUAAUAUCAGAAAAGGAAUGUAUGUGUAUAUAUAUGCAUGUGUGUGUAUGUGUGUGAGAGAGACUGGGGCACUUAGUGGUACAGCAGAAAUUGGCACAACAUUGUAAAUCAGCCAUAUUUUAAUUUAAAAAAAUUCAAGGUAAAAAACCCCUGAAAUAACAAAAGUUGUGAAGAAAAAAGUGUAAAGGUAAUUUCAUCUUAACAUCCAGAAGUUAGCAUUAUUAACCAUCUAUUGAAGCUUGAAUCUGUCAAACAGAGUGCUGGGUAGAUUAAUAAUACCUGACUUGAGUGAUAUUAUGUAUGUGUAUAUGUGGGUAUAAAUAUAUUUUAUGUAUAUGUGUAAAUGCACACAUGUAUUAUAGUGAUAAAUACAUUCCAUUCUGUUCUACAUGUUUGCAUACACACUGUUAUAUAAAACCAAUUUUAUAAUCUGUUCUUAUAAAAAUUUGGGAAAACUAAAAACAUUUUUUGUUCCCCCCAAAUAAAUAAAUAAAGAUAAGAAAUGCUUGAUUUCA